AUGGACAAAGCUUGGGUACAUCUAAACAGAGUUGAUCAUGGAUAUGAGAGAGGGGCUUCACAGUUUGUCCGAGAUGUGGCUUCAUCUAUGGGAGGGAUUGAUAUGAUUAUAUGCCCGUGCAUAGACUGCCGUAACAUAGAUCGUCAUGCAGCAAGUGUGGUACUUGAUCAUCUUGUUACCAGGGGUAUGGAGGAGGGUUAUAAGAUGAGGGCUGAUUGGUAUCUACAUGGUGAAUUGAACGCAGAGGUUGCAGAUGAAAACAAAGUGAGUGAAUGGAACGAUGAGAUCUUUAGGUUGUUCAGAGCUGCUCAGUGUUUUGAUGAAGACUUAGCUGAUAUUGGGGGUUUAACUGAGAUGGCAGAGGGAGACGACAAGAAAGAGGAUGAGUUCUUGGCGAAGCUAGCUGACGCUGAAACACCACUGUAUCCGAGCUGUGCAAGCCAUAGCAAGUUGUCUGCAAUUGUGUCAUUGUUCAGAUUGAAGACUCAGAAUGGAUGGUCAGACAAGAGUUUCAAUGAUCUGCUAGAGACAUUGCCGGACAUGUUACCUGAAGAAAACGUCCUGCACACAUCACUCUACGACAUUAAGAAGUUUCUGAAGUCAUUUGACAUGGGUUACGAGAAGAUCCAUGCUUGUGUCAAUGACUGCAUCCUUUACAGAAAGAGGUUCACGAAGCUAGACAAGUGUCCUAAAUGCAAAGCUUCGAGAUGGAAGACUAAUAAGCACACUGGUGAGAAGAAGAAAGGCGUUCCACAGAAAGUCUUACGGUAUUUUCCUGUAAUACCACGACUGAAGCGAAUGUUCCGGUCUGAGGAAAUGGCCAAGGAAUUAAGAUGGCACUUUACCAACAAAAGCAGUGAUGGAAAGCUGCGUCAUCCUGUUGAUUCAGUGACAUGGGAGCAUAUGAAUGCGAAAUACCCUUCAUUUGCAGCUGAAGCGAGGAACCUGAGGCUUGGACUUUCAACGGAUGGCUUCAAUCCAUUCAACAUGAAGAAUUCGAUGUACAGUUGCUGA